GCACGACAAACCGUCCACCACCGCCAUUCACGCCAUUUCCUUGCUAUAUACGAGGCCAAUUGUGUACCAUGGGCUCCGAAAAGAAGAUCCAGAAGAAGGAGAAGAAGUCCAAGCCGGCGCUCGAGGCCAAGACGACGAGCGAUGUCACGGCCUCUCUCGAUCUCGUGCAGACCUUUUUGAAGCAACAAGGGCAAAAGGACGCUGCGACCAAGCUCACCGAGUUUGAGGAGUGGGCAAAGAGCCAGACGACCAAGCAGCAAGACGCGCCCGAGCCCAUGGACGUGGACGAGGAGAGCGCAUCGAGCAGCGACGCUAGCAGUGACUCGGACAGCGACGAGUCCAGCAGCGAUUCCAGCGAUGAGGCUAGCGACGAGGCUAGCGAGGAUUCUAGUGACGAUUCCAGCAGCGAGUCGGAAGCGGAAGUAAAGACACCCGCAAAGAAGGAAAAGGUCGCCGUGAAGAAGGUUGCUGCGAAAGAGGACGCCUCCGACUCUUCGAGCGCUAGCUCAGACUCGGACUCGUCAAGCUCGAGCUCAGACUCUGAUUCCGAGUCGGAGAAGGAAAGCGCGCCAGCUCCUGCAAAGGUCAAGAAGGCCAAGAAGGCUGCGUCAGUUUCGUCGUCCUCGUCGUCGUCCUCGUCUUCCAGCGACUCCUCCAGCGACUCCUCCAGCGACUCCUCCAGCGACUCCUCGGACGACGAGCCCGAGAACGUAGCCCUCCCCGAAUCCGACUCCGACUCUUCCAGCGCAUCGAGCGAUUCAUCCUCAAGCGAUUCGGACAGCGACAGCAGUUCCGAGUCGGAGGCUGAGAAGCCUGUCGCAAAGAAAGAGAAAGCGAAGAAAGUCAAGAAGGCUGCCUCGGUCUCGUCGUCGUCAGCGUCGAGCUCCUCAGACUCGUCCAGCGACUCCAGCUCCUCUGAGAGCGAGUCAGAGGCCGAGCCUGUAAAGGAGGUCAAGGCCAAGUCUAAGAAGGCAAAGAAGGCCGCCACUCCAUCGGCGUCCAGCGACUCCAGCUCGUCCGACAGCUCAUCAGACAGCUCCUCCGACUCCGACUCCGACGAUGAAGCAAAGCCUGCACCCGCCGAGCGCAAGGGCUCUUCCACCGACUCAUCCGCAACGCUCCCCGCUGCCUCGCCCGAGCCAAGCGCCGACAAGAAGCGCAAGUUCGACGGCUCACCCGAGGCCCCCGUAAAGUCCAAGAAGAACCACGUCGAGAACCGCUUCCAGCGCAUCAAGGCUGAUACCGCCGUCAGACCAGAACUCGCUAGCAACGCUUACGUUUCUUACGACUACGCCGACCGCGCGCACGCCAAGCUCAUCGUCACAAAGGGCAAGGGGUUUACAAAAGAGAAGAACAAGGGGAAGAAGGGGUCGUACCGGGGAGGUUUGAUUGAUACGGCCGGUGGCAAGGGCUUCAAGUUUGAUGAUUGAGGGGUUGGUUUGAAUAUACAGUAUUGACGGAUAAUGGGGUGGGAGGAAACGACUUAUACAAGAAGGAUGAAUGACGGGAGCUAUGGAGUGGAUGACGGUUUUAAAGUUUAGUGAGGGUACUUUGCGUUGAUAAAAAACGACAAAGCAUGCGUGGAAUAGAAUAUCUUUGGGAACAAAAAACUGCAGGGAGUUUGGAGAGGGAAAUUGAACCCGUUUCAUACCAUUGAUUGGUGACUUGCGUGUUGCAAGUUGAAGGAAAGAUGUAUAGAUUAUUUUCCAGCCGCUCAUAAUAGACAACAUCCCG